AUGAAGAAGGCGAAGAAGAGUGUUAAAGAGAAUGGGGGAAAGUUCAGGGGUGCAGAGAGGUCUGCGUAUUUCGCACGCAGAGAGGCAGCGAAGGUGCUGAGAUUGGUUCUGGAAGGAGACGCUAAGCGCCGCGCUCUUGCCUCCAUCAAAUCCCUCAUCUAUCAACCUUCCGUUAGGAACAAGAAGGCCACCUUCGCUCUCCUUUGUCAAACCCUAAAACAUCUUCCCAUCAUCAAGGAUGUCUUGGAAGCUGUUUCCAUUCUCAGCACCAAGUGGAAGAGGCAGCGAGAAUUGGUUUAUAUCAUUGUCUAUGAUAUCCUUUUCGGCCAGGCGGUUUCACUGGUUGGUGAUGCAGAGAAGUACCUUGUGCGCCACGAAGACGCCUUGCGUUCAACUCUUAAACAGCUUUUGUUACAGAAAAAUGUGAAGACUGUUAAACAGUUGAUUGCUCUGCAUGAAGUUCCUGAUGUUUCUGUGCCACGGUAUGUUCGUGUGAAUACUCUUAAACUGGACGUUGAUUCUGCCUUGCUCGAACUUCAGAAAAAUUUCUCGGUUCAAAAGGAUAAUCUACUGCCUGAAUUACUGAUACUACCUCCAGGCACUGAUUUACAUGAUCAUCCUCUUGUCAAGGAUGGCAGUAUCUUCAUGCAAGGUAAGGCAAGUUCCAUGGCAGCACCAGCUCUUAGCCCUCAACCAGGAUGGGAGGUAGUUGGUCAUCCUAUCGAUGGUUCUGAAGUUAUUGAUGCAUGUGCAGCACCCGGAAACAAAACUAUUCACCUGGCUGCCCUUAUGAGGAGAAAAGGAAAGAUUAUAGCAUGUGAGCUGAAAAAAGAAAGGGUUAAGCGUUUGAAAGACACUAUAAAGCUAUCUGGUGCUUCUAGCUCAGACAUACAAGUCCUCAAUGAGGAUUUCUUGAACUUAAAUCCCAAGGAUCCUUCUUAUUCUAAGGUGAAUGCUAUUCUCUUGGAUCCUUCCUGCUCUGGUUCUGGUACCGCUGCCUCAAGACUAGACCAUCUGCUCCCAUCUAAAGCAGGAGGGCAGGAUACUGAUAUGGAAAGAUUGAAUAAGCUUGCAACUUUCCAAAGAAAGGCUCUUCAGCAUGCUUUACUUUUUCCAGCUCUUGAAAGAAUUGUCUACAGUACAUGUUCAAUCAGCCAAAUUGAGAAUGAAGAUGUCAUCAAAUCUGUUCUUCCCAUAGCCAAAUCAUAUGGAUUUGAAUUGGCAAAGCCCUUCCCCGAGUGGCAGUGUCGUGGUCUUCCUGUGUUUGAAGGCUCUGAAUGCCUGGUUCGGACCGAUCCCGCUAAGCAUGGCGAGGGUUUCUUCAUUGCUUUGUUCGCUAGGAAAGAUGCAAUCUCUUCGAAGUGUUCAAAUAAAAAUGAAACUAGAAUCUUUCACAGCACUCCCGGAGUAAAAAACACGAGAAGAACGAAGAAACGCAUACCGUUUAUUAGCACUAACCCAUUCAAAACGUGGUUAUAUGACCAACUGAAGUUGUAG